AUCUAUCUCUUUAUAUCGGGGUUUUAUUGUACUGAUACCCAAAAAGACGUUUGUGUACAGACCAUUACAUAUGUUCACCGUUCAUUCACUUCCAGAUCACGAUGAGUGCAAAAACGGUCGGCACACCUGCAGUCAAAUUUGUGGAAACACUCCAGGGAGCUAUUACUGUACGUGCAGACCAGGAUACUAUCUUGAUCGUGACUUACGGACAUGUAAAGGGUACCCGUGCUUAUCGUUAUCCAAGCCAGCCAAAGGCUACAUGAACUGCACAGGGCAAAUCAUGGACAGCGUCUGUCAGUUCAGCUGUCAGCCUGGGUACGAACUUGUAGGAUCACGACUACGCAUGUGCUUGGCCAAUGGCAAAUGGAGUGGAAAUCGCGCAAUUUGUGAAGUUAAAAAUUGCAAAAAACUACCUCCACCUGCAAAUGGCCAUGUUAAGAUUCCUUGUUCAACCAUUUACAAAGGAAAAUGUUCUUUUGGGUGUCGCUCCGGAUUUUUCCUCAACGGAAGCAGAACAGUUUCUUGCUCUGCGGAUUCCAAGUGGUUGCCGAUCCCUGGAAAAUGUGACGCAAUAACAGUUUGUCACCCUAAUCCUUGCUUUCACGGAGGGGAGUGCAAUCCUAUUAACAGCACAGCCUUCUGGUGUAACUGUACCAACACGGCGUACACUGGCAAUAAGUGUCACAUGGGUAUUUUCCGCAAACCGAAAUAUCCCCGGCUUCAACAAGGUAACAGUUUGAACAUCACCUUUGAAAUGUCUCCGCCAGAGAACCAGCUGACAGUUACGCCAAGUGCAUCGGGAUUAGAAUUCUUACCUCGAAAUUUGGUGAUAUACCCAGUGCAGAGGGAAGAUGGAAAACUGUACCGUACUAACAUGACAGUUACAGCUCGUCUGCCUGGCGUGAAUCUGAUCACAUACACCUUGUCCGGUGUUGCAACCAAUUUUUAUCAGACGGUGCUUCCAGAUACUGUGAUUGUCGUGGACAAUGAAACGCCUUGUAAUGGUAAUCUUAGUAGCAGUCUUCCUGUGGGAUGCCACCAAGCCAGACUACUCAAGUGUCCACAAAGUGACUACUUCUUGUAUGCCAGAUCAACCGAGCCAUGGAAACAAACCCAGGGGAAAGUCAGCACCAAGGGAGUCGUUAGUAUUCUGUCUGCAAAUAAUCGCACUUUACCGCUGGGUAUAACAGGAACAGCACUUGACAAAUCGAAUCUCCUUCAUCUUUCUGUCUCAGCGGACAACAAGUUUUGCAAAGACCACCCAUCAGCAGAUGUACAAUGUCUUCCUUCCGAAAUCAUUGCCACGGUUUUCAUCCAGUCCUUGACUGCUAGCCUUCCUCGCUGGUUACGUUUGAUCCCAUCAAAAACGUUAUCAGGCUUUGACACAAAUGAUGCAAUCACGUACUUAUGGAACGGGCUACAACUAAAGGACAUUUUGAAAGGGCUAGGUCUAUCCGUGAACGAGCGAUCUUAUUAUUCAGGGCUUCUGUACUCAAAUGCCUUAACUGUCGAGUUAAACAAAAGCAGGGUGGCACUUCCUAAGUAUGAUGGCAAAAAUACGCACCUCGUUGUUACGGAUCUCUGUUCGAAGUCAUGGCCUCCUAAUGCACUCAUUGUCUUUAACCCAUUAUCCUAUAAAACGUUACAAGCCAUUUCGCUUUAUGAGAAGCUUGAAGCUCGAGGCUGGAAAGUUACAGCGAUGGCUGUACAGUUUUCUAAAUUAAGUGCUCUAAACUACUCUGCCUAUACAAGAAAGCAAGAAAACGAGCUCAUACCAGGAAGUCUGGAACUCUUUGGAAGAGCGGAAAAGACCAUCAAUGGUUCUCUCCCAAUUGGUUUCAUGAAUGUGCGUUUGGUGGGAAAUACAAUCUUAGGAGUAUCAGAUAUCGACAAAGUAUGGGAGGACAGUCCAACCUUUUGGAAGGCGGGAAUAAGAGGAGAAGUGACGGCAAAUAUGACUCUCUUCUUGUUAGAGCAAAAGGUAUCAGUGGAACUUCAAUUAGAUGAAAGCUCUGGACUGGUGCAGUAUCGAGAAUCUCUAAACAACAAGUCUUGCAAGAUCACAGACACAUAUGAAUUAUCCUUGAAUGGCUUCUCAGCGAAAGAUCCAUUCGCGUUGACUGUUCUUGGCUCCUUUAUCGAGAGUCCGAACGGCAAAGUGUCCUUCUAUGCGAAUUCUCAGCUUCUGCCCAACUCGUCAGCAAAAGAGCCAAGUGGAUCCUCAGCCAUCCAGCUGGAAUUGGCAUUAUCUGGCGUUGUCAAAUUUGGACCUUUGAAGUUUCCCAACAUGUCCAUCAGUACUGAGAUGUUCUCAGAAGAAUUCAAAACGUGCAAUGGUCAAGGCAAUAAGAUAGAUGUUCCUGGUUUAAUCGUUUCCGCUACUUUCAACCAACCGGAGGUGUUAGGAAGGUUCUUCACUUGCCUCAAUUCGGAUUCCCUUCAGAUUUUCUUGCCUUCUAACAGCCGGAACAGUUCUGAAGGAGUCCUUGACACCAGUGUGGCCUUGCUGGGUGACUCGUUUAAAGCUAAAUUGAACAUAUCAAACAGCUCUUUGAAUUUUAAGAAAGAGGUCAAUUUAUUCGAUAAUUAUCGCCUGUCAAUAUAUGGGUCAAGUCAAUUACAGACAUGGGAUUCCCUGUCUUUGAAAGUCACCGGAACGUUCGGUAAAACAGACCCUAACAGUGAUCAGAAUGCACUGGAGGAUACAAUGAAAGAAGUUAUAAACGAUUACACAAAGGUUGUUGUUGAAACUACUACUCAGCGACUAAAAGUUUUCGAAAGUAUGAGGAACAAAAUUAAAGCGAGGAUCAGCAGGAGCCAUUUACGACUUGUCCAAGCAGAAAAUAAAACUCAUUUGGCCAUCGAGCAAUACCUUAGAGCAUUAAAAGCCGAACGUACCGCCUUGAAGGAUGUGAAAAAGGCAGAGAAGAUUUUGACCAACAGUAGUGAAGAACUUAACCAACUCAAAAUAUCUUUUGAGCAGUUGUGCUCCGUAAGUGAAUGUCCCUACAUUUGUGUUACCGGAACCGCUUGUAAUACUUGCUAUGAAGAUCUCAUCAGCAAGGAGCAGGGGGUCUGCCCAGCGACCUGUCACAAUCUCCGGCAGGAAAGACUCCCUCCACUUCGGGAGACAUCGACUUGUCACGAAGAGGAGUGCGAUCAUUCCGGGGGUGACUUUUUGUCUACCAUAUCCUGUAGUUUCGAGAAAGUCGGGAAACGAGUUCUGAAACCAGCGAUUAUAUUAGGAGGUACAGCUGUUUUAUCGGCCAUGGGCGUUCCACCACCAGCUGCAUAUGUCGCUUCAACUGCUGUAGUAAAUGCUGCGUACAAAUAUGAUAAAACGAAAGAUCCACAUACAUCAGCACAUGCGGGAAUCAAAUCAGGACAUAUGGCGAUUUUAUCCACAGUUGCAGGUGAGAAAGCAGGAGAGUACGUACCCUGGCUCGAACCGGACCCAGAUCAUAGUGGAGACUUGUGGUUGGCAGCAGCAGGGGGAGCGAAAGAAGCUGUAGAACAAUGUAAUGAUGAGGGUUCAUGGAACUGCGAACUGAAACCUUAUCCUUGCCCAAAGGAACUCUUCAUUUAUAGGUACACCAACAUACCUUAUCAAUGCGAGACUUCUUGUGAGGUAAACGUAGUAAAAGAAACAAUAGCCACGCCGUGUUGCCGAGAAGUAAACUGUGCAUCCCGUGUAAAAGACUCACAAUGCAAGGAAAAGAACGCGUUUUGUCGUAUUGCAAGAGAAAAGGCCACGUCAAAGUUAAAUACAGCCAAAAAAGAAACCUUGAAGCCACUUAUAGAAUUACGGCAGGCAAAGAAAGUAUUCAACGUUGCGCAGAUUGAACUGGCAAAACGUAAACUUGACUUGGAAGCUGCAACUAAUGAACGAGACAUUCUUCGAAGGGCACACAAUGCAAUCUUAAAAGCUGCUAACAUUUCGGAGUCAUCGAAUGAGCAGAAUCGUGCCGUCAUUCAAGAUGCAAUUGCCUUGACUCAGCUCUGGAACAGCACUAAUGGAACUUGCCCUGCAGACAUCAAAGAAAUCUCAUUCGAUGUGACUUUGUUCUCACCUUCUGAAACUCAAAUACCAGUACUGUUCAGAAUAGCUACCACGAGCAAAGAGAGAACCAUCUUUCCUAUUGAUGAUUUUUCAGCUCUGAACGAGUCUCUCCAGCAAACUGCCAAGCAAAUCGUGAAGGAGCUUUUUGGCGAUGUAAAUGUUGUUCUCCGGUCUAGACAUCCUUUAAAUCAGCUGGAAACUUUAAAGAACAAAGGAAGAAGAAAACGCGCCACUGAUGAACGAGGCUCCGACGUAACGACUUUAGUCGAAUUCAAGAAGAAAUGUGCUUCGGUAACAAACUAUAACCGUGCCCUAAGUGACAUUAUAGCCACUCUUUAUAACAUUUCUACAAAAUCUUCACGGCUUCUCAAUAAUGUGACAAACCACAAUUUAGAGCAGCAACAAGCAGGCGCCCAUGAUUAUUCGCUAAAUCUGACACAAGCUGCUGAACUGGGGCUUUCUGAAAAGGAUAUCGAUGACUCAAUCAACGCUGUGCCUUCUGACGAAGAGGUGAUGAAAGUGUCAAGUUUAGUCGAGCCCGGAAAUGCAACGAAUCACGAAAAAGUCCAAACUGCCAUAGAUAUGGUGUUCAGAGACUGGGAAGCAAGCAUGGAGACCCUAUUCAACUGCACAUCACUUGAAUGUAGUGGUUUUAUAGACUGUAUGGAGGAUUUUGUAGACAACUUGCUUUUCCUCUACCAAGGGAUCGAUCUCCCUGCGGCAAUUCCUUUGCGGCGACUAAUUGCAAUAAUCGACCGAGAGGUCAAAAGUCUUCUUUCCUACGAAGAUCUAUCAGUAAGUGAAGCGGCGGAGAAAUCCUCAAGAAUUCUACAAAUGCUGAAGGAUAUAAAAGACACCAACGUCUUCUGUGCAGUCGCUCCUAACACAACACAUAAUCAAGUACCAAUAAAGAAUUUGAAGAUAGGACAAACGCUCGAGUUGUCUUGCAAAGCAACUGCGGAUGCUGCACCGUUUAAUCGCUGGAGAAAAAACGGCGUACUUCUUUCAGGAAAAGACACCGAUACUUUGCGCAUCGAGAGCGUAACUAAAAAUGAGAGUGGUAACUAUACUUGCGAAGCUUACAACCACUUAAAAGUGGAACGGUCAAUGCCCUCUCACAUAUUUGUUCACGCAGCUCCAGUACUGGUGCACCAACCUCUCAGUAACAUGAAUAUACCUGUCGGUACUGGCUUUUUUAUUAGGUGCAAGGCAAAUAGCUUGGCAAAACCACUUCGAUAUCAGUGGCUUUAUAAGUCUGUCAGUGGGAACAGUUAUAAUUUGGUCCCUAAUGGUACUUUCUCCAUAUUAAACUUUCACUCUGUGAAGAAAAGCCAAGAGGGAUAUUAAAAGUGUAACGUGUCCAAUCC